AUGGAUGGUCAAGAUGGGUUUGGGUACGGGUCGGAUCAAAGAAGUUACACCGUUAAUCGGAGGACAGAAAUCGUGAGCGGUAAGGGAGGAAGUAAUGAGAUCUACGGGAGUCCUCCCGCGGGGGAAAUGGCAGCGCGUAGGAGCAAUGCGUCGUCGGUGAGGCCGUCUUGGGGUGGUUUAAAUGAUGCGGAGAUGAAGAGGAAGAAGAGAAUCGCGAGAUAUAAAGCUUAUACCGUGGAAGGAAAAGUUAAAUCGAGUUUGAAGAAUGGUUUUCGAUGGAUUCGGAAUAAAUGUUGUCAGAUUGUUCAUCGGUUUUGA